AUGCGCGCUGGAAGAUCAUCAGAACCCGUUGCGACAAAGACAAAUCUUGGCUGGACAAUAUACGGAGCUGUCGAGGACCUGCACGAACCGUAUCAACACCGUCUUCUGCAUAUAUGUUCUGGCUCGAAAGACAGGGAACUGCACGAUAUCGUAAAAGAUUUCUUCUCUAUCGAAAACACCGGAGUGGUAGCAGCACCCGUUGUGGAAUCAGAAGAUGACCGCCGUGCUCGAGACAUUUUGCAGCGAACUACGAUUCGCACUUCAUCUGGACGUUUUGAAACGGGUCUGCUAUGGCGCUACGACUACUUCGAAUUUCCGGAUAGCAGAUCUAUGGCAGAGCGGCGUCUCAAGUGCCUGGAGCGAAGAUUAGAGAAAAAACCUGAGCUUUACGAAAACGUCAGGCAGCAACUGGCUGCCUAUGUAUCCAAGGGUUAUGCUCAUCGUACUACAACGGACGAAGUGGCCGGGUUUGACCCUCGCAGAACCUGGUACCUCCCGCUUGGAGUCGUUGUGAACCCGAACAAACCAGGGAAGAUUCGGGUAGUUUGGGAUGCUGCGGCAAAGGUGGAUGGAGUGUCUUUCAACUCCAUGCUUAUUAAGGGACCAGAUAUGCUCGCGUCUCUCCCGGCAGUUCUUCAGCGUUUCCGGCAGCGUCAAAUAGCGGUGACAGGCGAUAUUAAGGAAAUGUUUCACCAAAUUUCAAUACGCCCCGAGGAUCGUCAAAGUCAACUCUUUCUGUGGAGAGAUAAGCCAUCUGAUGGAAUUCAGACCUAUGUUAUGAACGCCGCUACAUUUGGCUCGACAUGUUCACCAUGUUCUGCACAAUAUAUCAAAAAUCGAAACGCCGAAGAAUGGAAGAACGACUUCCCGGAAGCCGCAGAUGCCAUAAUCCAUAACCACUACGUGGAUGAUUACUUGGAUAGUAUGGAUUCCGUGGAAGAAGCAGCAACGACCGCAAUAGCAGUGAAGACGGUACACGCUAAGGCCGGGUUUGAGAUUAGAAGCUGGCUCUCGAAUUCGGAGGAGGUCGUUAGACAGGUCGGGGACGGUAGCCCUCAAGAUGUCUCCAAAAGCAUUGCAGUAGAUAAAUCAACCGACACCGAAAGGGUCUUAGGGAUGCUGUGGCAGCCAUCAAGCGAUGUAUUCACCUUUCAAACGCGGUUUCGGGACGGUAUCUCGAAGCUUAUCGAAUGCACGAUCGUUCCAACCAAACGUGAAGUUUUGAAGGUUGUAAUGAGCCUUUUUGACCCACUAGGUCUAGUAUCCGCCUUUGUGGUACAUGGAAAAUGUAUUAUCCAGGAUAUAUGGAGGUGCAACAUUGGCUGGGACGAGAAGAUCCCCGAACAGAUCUUCAUUCGCUGGUGUCGCUGGGUGAACGUACUGAAAGAGCUGGAUAGCAUAAGGAUUCCACGGUGUUACUUCUCCAACUAUUCCCCGAUGAGUUUGGACACGCUGGAACUGCACGUGUUUGUAGAUGCUAGCGAGGAAGCCUACGCCUGUGUUGGCUAUUUCCGUAUAGUUGAUCGUGGUCUGGUACGUUGUGCGUUAGUGUCCGCAAAAUCGAAGGUCGCCCCCAUUAAACCUCUAUCAAUACCUCGGUUGGAACUGCAAGCAGCGGUCAUAGGAAGCAGAUUAGUGAAAUCGAUUCAAGAAAACCACACGCUCCCGAUACGUCGCCGUGUCAUCUGGAGUGAUUCCAGUACAGUCUUGUCGUGGAUACAGUCGGACCAGCGGAAAUAUCGGCAAUUUGUGGCGGUUAGAGUCAGCGAGAUCCUGGACGAAACUUGCGUAUCCGAAUGGCGCUGGGUACCAACACGCCUAAACGUAGCCGACGAAGCAACGAAAUGGACAAAAGGACCAAACUUCGACGCGAAUAGCCGGUGGUUUAUCGGGCCUGAGUUUCUGUAUCUGGACGAAUCGGAGUGGCCGACGAAAACUCUCCCACUAGGAGACACUGCUGAAGAACUACGUGCUGUACAUGCCCACCAUCGGAAGAUAUCCGAACCCAUCAUCAAAUACGAAAGGUUCUCCAAAUGGGAGAGAUUACUACGAACAACUGCGUUCUUGCUCAGAUACACCAGUAACAUAAGAAACUUAUCCCGUGGUAAAAAUGCUGAGCUUAACAUCGUUUUGUCGCAACAAGAACUACAACGGGCAGAAGAGUUUCUGUGGCAUUCUGUACAAAAAGAAGCCUAUCCCGAUGAACUAAUCGCUCUCGAAAAACGGAAGUUACAGUCAAACUCAGCGAAAUUGGAAACAACUAGCCCCCUUCGGAAGCUGUCCCCUUUCAUCGGAGAAUCAGGAGUGAUAAGACAGGAUGGACGGAUCGGUAACGCCGUUUAUGUAUCAUACGAUGCGAGGUUCCCGAUAAUUCUUCCGAAAAACCAUUACGUGACUGGAUUAGUCUUGGAUUACUACCAUCGUCGGUACGGCCACGGCAACGUGGAAACAACUGUGAAUGAAAUUCGACAGAAGUUCCAUAUUUCUAAUUUGCGCACAGAAAUUCGCAAACAGAUACGGAAGUGCAACUGGUGUGCCGUCUACAAAGCAGUUCCCCAAGCUCCAAAAAUGGCACCUCUCCCCGAUUCAAGGAUAACUCCGUAUAUUCGACCUUUCUCGUUUGUCGGAGUUGAUUAUUGCGGUCCGUACUUCAUCAGAGUCGGACGUAGCAACGUAAAAAGAUGGAUAGCUUUAUUUGUCUGUCAAACCGUGAGAGCGAUUCAUCUGGAGGUUGUCAGCAGCUUAUCGACAGAGUCCUGCAAAAUGGCUGUACGAAGGUUUAUCGCGAGAAGAGGCGCUCCACAAAGGAUCUUCAGCGAUCAAGGAACCAAUUUUCACGGCGCAAGGAAGGAGUUGAUUCAAGAGAUAGCUGGGAUCAACGGGAAACUAGCCGAAACUUUCACCAACAGCAACACUCAGUGGAUUCUCAACCCGCCAGCCGCCCCACACAUGGGAGGAUCGUGGGAACGAUUAGUACGUUCAGUGAAGACUGGACUAGCUGUGCUCUCAACAAGCAGAAACCCGGACGAGGAGACAUUUGGAACCGUAGUAGCUGAGGUGGAAGCCAUAGUCAACUCUAGGCCUUUGACACAUGUUCCACUGGAUUCCGAAGAUGACGAAGCGCUCACACCUAAUCAUUUUGUGAUGCUUAGCUCCAGCGGUGUGGUUCAGCCUGCCAAACUUCCUAUCACAUCGAAAGUGUCUCUCAAAACUAAUUGGGGGCACGCGCAACAUCUGCUGGAUCUCUUCUGGUCCAGAUGGAUCAGGGAAUAUCUACCGAACAUCAGAGGCCGUACCAAGUGGUUCGAAGACUCCCCACCGAUAAAACCUGGCGAUUUAGUGAUUGUAGUAGAGGAAGGUAUGCGGAAUAGUUGGGCCCGAGGCAAAGUUGUUAGAAUAUAUCCAGGAAAAGAUGGCAGAGUUCGGGUCGCUGAUGUUCAAAUCAACGGUAAAGUUCUUCAGAGACCGGUAGCCAAAUUGGCGGUGAUCCAGGUACAAAGUUGCGAUACUGCUGGAGGGACCUCCCAGCAAUACGGGUCGGGGAUUGUUGGCAACGAUCACUCGGUGUAUACCGGCCUUGAAGCAACCAUGAAUUCUCGCAGGGAUAAGGCUGUGACAGUGACAUUGACAGGUACAGAUGACAGGACAACUGACAAUGACAUUGACAAAGCAUAAAUAAUAACCAACGUAUCGACCGAUAGCACAUGCACAAAUUAAAAUCUUAGUCUAAUUUCUAAAUGUUUAAAUUGAAAAAUUAUUGAAUUUGUAUCUUAAACGUUACAUACAUAAAACUCGUUCGACAAAGACUGACACAUUGAACUUUCACACGUGAAUUGGAUUAAAAUUUCUUAAAGCAUUCUCACAUCAACUCUGGGUUUGCUAAAGAAGAUCCGAAAGUUCACCGAAGUUUUCACUGUCAGCAACACCUAUGGUCCGUGGGAAAUUUUACAGAUUGACUUCUUCACUGACAAAGAGUUUGGAUUUGGAGAAUUUCUCGUGAUCGUCGACACAUACUCGCGUUAUUUGCACGUCAUAGAGAUGAAACACAUGGAUGCAGAUUCCACAAUCACGGCUCUGCACAAAAUCUUCGCCGACUGGGGUUAUCCUUUGGUGCUGCAAAGUGAUAAUGGCCCCCCUUUUCAAAGCGAUAAAUUCGUACAGACCUGGGAAAAUAAAGGGAUCAAGAUCCGCAAAUCGAUUCCUCUUUGCCCACAAUCCAACGGAGCUGUUGAAAGGCAAAACGAAGGGAUAAAGCGAGCAUUGUCAGCCUCUAAAUUGGAUGGAGUAAAUUGGAGACAAGCCCUGAACAAAUACGUGCACAUGCACAAUAAAGUACGGCCACUCACUCGUCUGGGAGUAACGCCAUUCGAGCUGUUAGUUGGCUGGAAAUUCCGAGGAACAUUCCCUGGAUUAUGGAAGACUCAAGCAUCGCCAGAACUGGACCGUGAAGAUAUCAGAGAGAAGGAUGCGUAUUCGAAGCUCGAAAGCAAGAAGAAUGCAGAUUUUCGAAGAAAUGCCAAAGAUUCGGACCUCGCAGUUGGAGAUAAAGUCAUCUUAACGCAAACCAAGCGAAAUAAGUCAGAUUCAAAUUUCAAUCCUGAAAAGUUCACGGUUAUAGCACGAGAUGGAGCCAAACUUGUAGUAAAAAGCAGCCGAGGAGUGAUUUAUUCAAGGAACGUAGGGGAUGCUAAGAGGGCCAUCCAAGAUUGCGAAGACCACUGUCAGGAAAAUUCUGAUAACUUUCAAAGUUUUGCUGGCAUUCCCAGUAAUGAUGCAGUGUCAGAAAAAGGUGAAAUAUUUUCUUAAUUUUAUUAUUCAAGGAUUCAGCUUAUUAUCUAAUUUUCAAGGUGGUAACAUUUCGAAACACUCUGAGAGCGUGGACAAAAGAUUCGAAGCAGCUCAAAAUAUGGAUCUUCAGCAAACAUAUCCAAAUAUCGAUAAAGAUAGAAACAUUGAUGGAUCGUCGAAUGUUGAUGUACCUGGAGGUCAAUCCAAGGGAGGCAGCGCCGUAGUGCCAAUGCCACGGCCGCAACGAGAGAAGCGGCUGCCAAGCAAGCUGAAAGACAUGGUGUUGUACAACAUAUAUGA